AAACAACAUGGCGACAGCUGGGAUAUUUCUGAAGUCACGGAAAUAUUCGCGUAUUUUUCGGUGUUCCCCACAUUUAGCAGCAUCAGACGAAGAUGAAAAUCAGCUUCAUGACAUUUAAGAGCCUUGGCCAAAGGCGUUUACCUGGAGCUUUCGGUUUGGAAGGCUCUAGAGCUCGUGUAAAUAGCCGACUGAAAUUGGAACAGUUUGAGCGUUCUGUACUGAAAGGUGGCGCUGUGAGAAGACGGUAUUUGUUAAUUUACAAGUUUUCAAGACAUUCACUUAGUUGUUCAAGGAAAAAAUUGUCGUUAUUGUAUUAUUUUCAUCAUGCCAAAGAAAGAAGAAAGCUUAAAGUGGGCCUGUAAAUAUUGCACAUACUUUAACUGGCCCUGUUCCGUAAAAUGUACUUUGUGCUCCGCUCCGAGACCUCCGCAAGUUAUCACGCAAGACGAGAGUAGACAGACAAGUAUUAGCGACGAUAUAUACGAGACAGCCAGCAGUGACAGAAUUAUUUCGACAGAUCCUCUUAUUUGUACUUCAAGCGACAGAAACUCGCAGUCUUCACGAUUUGCUGAACAAACUGAAGAAAAAUGGACGUGUUCGUCUUGUACGUACGAAAACUGGCCUCGCUCACUUCACUGUUCGAUGUGCCGGGCGCCGAAGAAUAAAUCAAUAAAGAAUGGAAGACAAAAUAUAGAGCAAGGGAUUGGAAAUAAGGACGCCUCCUCAAGAAGUGUUUCUCCAAAAUCGCCAAGAUCUGUCGGUAGCAACGGGAGGCUCGAUUCCAAAACAAUAAACAAUGACAAGAACAGAGCGCUUUUGAAGAGUCAUAAGUGGACUUGCCCUCAGUGUACGUACGAAAAUUGGCCUAAAACUCAAAAAUGUGCUCUUUGCAAGUGUUUAAAGCCAGCUAAAAUAAAACAUGAAGAGUCUAGCAAAAAUGCACCAUCGGACAACAACUGCCACUCCAAGAGGCCAUCCACUUCAAAAAGAAGAUCUCCCCCUUCUUCAGUUAGUGAGGCCACAUUAGAAAUCCAACCAACUAACCAGAAGACCGGGGAAAAGAUAAUUUAUGACAUUCCAGCCUCGGAUGAUGUCAAUGACAAUGAAGAAAUGUUGCAAAUUCGCAAUCGCCUCCAAGAUUCUGAUUGGUUGUGGCUAACAGCUUGUAUAGGUGUCGUUGAAGGUGAUACCUCAUCCGUGGAGACUUAUUUAAGUUCAGGGGGUGAUUUGUCCAGGCAGUUGACAAGAGAAGACUGUUUGGUGUUGAACCGUCCAGGAGUAUUUGAAGUAGGACAUACGCUAGUUCACUUGGCUUUUAAAUUUAAGAGAGAUGAGUUGAUUACUGUGUUACUGACUCCGGAAGUGAAGGGACAUCAUUUAAGACGGGUGCCCUGCAUCGCAUGCCCUGAGCUAGCAGGAGACAUUAGAAAACAAAUAAGGCAUACCAUGAGGCAACGCAAAGGAGACUGGCGUUGUUUCUUUUUCACAGACCAGGUCACUUUUGCUUUAGCAGCAGGUAAGAAUAAAGUUGUCACAAUAAGAGAAUAAUAUUAUUAUAAUUGCUUUCCUAUUAUGCUUGCUGAAACAUUUUGCAAGUAGUAGGAACAGUAUAAGUAUAUAAAAAUGGUAAUUGCUUUAUUUACACGCUAAAAAAUCAACUUUGGGGUUCUAUCAAAUAUCCAUGCAUCCUAUGCAAGGGAGAAUUGGGUGUAGGGGUGGGAACAUAUUGGGGAACAAUAUUGGACUAUUUUGGAACCAGGCAAUUACCAUUAAAGGACCCAUCCAAUAUAGCAGACAAAUUUGGUAUUGUCUUUGAAACAUCUAAACCAAAAGAAUGUUUCCGCAUUGGAAACUGUUUACUCUUAAUAGGCUGUCGCAUCUGUCAUUGAUUAGUGGAAAGAAUAAUGGAUUUACAACAAAUGAUUGACAAGAAAAACACUUUUUCGUUUAUUUACUCGCUUUUGUCCAGUUUUUAUCUGGGACGAGUUUUGUAGAUUGUCCCAUCUGGGACAAAAUUUGUAAAAUCGUGAGAAACCAUCCGCAUUUGUUAAGUGUUGGUGACGACAGUAAGGUCACUUAAAUAAACAGCUUUUUUACUUGUGCAGGUGGAUCCAAACUCAGGAAACCAUAAACAUCUAAAAUAUUUCACAAAUGUUUAUUGUGCUGUGCCCAGUCAUAACAAAGGAAGCCUCAAACCACAAACUAAUUAUCAUUGUUGCUUAUGGUUUAAGUUUCUCAUGCCUGAUUGUAUUUUUCCCAGCAACACAAUCACAUAAUCCAGAAAUAUUUCUGGCCCCAGUUCCUGAAAGGCCGAUUGAUGCUAAUCCAGGAUUAAAAAUUUUGUUACAUUUUGGUAUUUACCUUCCUACGCAUCACUUAGAGUAAUAUUCUAUGUUAUCAUCGUUGAGUCUCGAGGUAAAGGCAAGGCAGUACUUUGUAAGCUCUAGUGACAUAUUCUUAGAGAAGAAAACCUUGCUUAAAAUUUGGCUUAAUCCUGGGUUAAACUUAACCAUCUUUCGAGGAACCAGGACCUGGUGUUUAUGGUUUUCUGAGUUUCACAGUAAUUUAACAGUAUAUAGACUAAUGCAUUCUUAAAUCUUAUCUAGGGCACAUUUGAUUGACUAUACGGUGGAAUAAGAAUACAUGCAAUCAACUCUAAAAAUCACCUGUUUUGGCUUUUUUUGCAGUAAAAUCCAGUAAAAAUCUGGUGGACAUUGGUAUUUAAGAUGAAUGUAGCAUAGAUGGUCCCAAAAAUUUGGCACAAAUUUUAGCGUAUUCUUACUCAAGAAUAUGAUCAGACAAAUGCUCUCUAAAGUGUGCACUUUAUGCAGUGUUAAUUACUGAUUCUACCCUCUGAAUUAUCCCUUUAUUUAUUGGUAUACAGCUUCUGUUCGUUCUUUACAGUCUAUGUAGAUGUGAUUGUCUAUUAAUUUAUUACAAAUGCACUGAAAUGUUUUUUGACAAAAUUUAAGAAAUCCAAGACUUCCCAUCAAGAGUACAAAGACAAGUGUUUGACGACAUUCUUGACAGAGAUGUCCAGAGAGGUAAGAAUGGUUGAGAUAUAUUGAUGAGAGAAAUUAUUUUUUGGCUGAAUCCAUGAAUAAGCAAGAUAAAGUGCAUUCUUUCUGUGUUAUGAUUUUCUAGUUAAGCAGGAAAGAUAAGCCCAUUUUGCGUGCUUGGGAUUUUCCACAUUGGUCCUGCAAGAAAAAUUUCUGCUUUUGGCCAUGUAUUAAAUCCUUUAUUGACCGAGCUUAUUCAGAACAGAUUUAAGGUGUACAAGUGGGUUGUAGAAAACCUGGAAAGUCAUGAAUUUGAGAAUUUCACUUUUAUGGAAUUUAAUUGUUUGUCUUUGAGAACCAUGGAAAAUUAAAGUCAUGUUUGGUAAAUUAGUUAUUGCAGAUGUCAAAGCAAGGCCAGUGUAAGAUAGAAACCAGUAAAUAUAAAAGCUUGAACAGCAUGCAUUUUAGUGGACACGAGAAUUUGCAUUUGUUACACUAAGUGUCAAAAAAUACACUAAAAUAAGGAAUGUUUUGAAAAGUGAAGGCUUAAUGUAGGAUCAUGGAAAACUUGAAAAUUUCAUGGAGAAAGUCAAAAGAGUACAAACCUUGUAGAAUUAGAUGUAAGUCACUAACUGUAUGCAUUUUUUUUUCAGUUUUAGAAAUUGAGUCUCCCAUUAUAAACUGGAGUGAUGAAAUUACAGAACAGUUAGGAAGUAGGAUUUAUCCCCUUUGGAAUCGAUCAGCUGGUGAUUGUCUUUUAGACUCAAUUCUUCAAGCCUCAUAUGGUGUGUUUGACAGGGAUAACACGUUGAGACGGGCUCUAUAUGAUAGCUUAACUGAAGGAGGUUCAAGGUAAAACUGUGUGCCUUCAACUAGCUAUUAAAAUUGACUUUAAGUUCUUCUCAUAAUAUUUUUUAUGAAACUUAUUAAGGUGGACCAUUGUUAUUCAUAGAAUGAUUCCAGUGCAAUUAAUUAAUUCAAUAUUCAAACUUUCUUAUUAUAGGAGGAUCAGGUGAAUGAUAGUAUAAGAUUAAAAUGCUUAUACAUUCACUUUCAAUUGAAACCUUGAACACAGCAGAGCUUUUAUUUAGUAAACACUUAAGUUCUUUAGGGCUUGAAGUCACUGCUUAAAUGCAGCGACCCAGAAGAAUGUGAUAUUUUAGGUUAUGAUGCAAGCAUAAUAUGUCAGUGAAUUACAGAUAUUGAUGCGCCAGUGAUGGCACACUCUGUUGCUCUGACAGUAUUAUGUAAAGUGACAUUUAACUGUCACAAAUUGAUUGUAUUUUAGUGUAAGUUAAUUUUAUCUUUAGAAUUUGUUUCCAACUGUUAGCAUUCCAUAAAAAUAUGACAAAAAAACAAUGAAAAUCAAUUCCAUCUAAGAAUAAGUUGACAAUUCUGUUGUGUAUGUUUGUUUUACAUACAUACAUACAUACUUUAUUGUUAAAGGGGCUUUUCAGGAACAAUGAUUACAUUACAUUAUUUAUAAUAACUAAUUACAACACUUAAUCUAAUACUAAUUACAAUGUUAGCUAAUUACUAAUUGCAAUGUUUUGAACUUAACUAAGAAGUAUUUACAAAAUUAUCUAAAAGCUGGCUCCUUAAGGAACGUUUAAAAAUUUCAACAGAUGGGCUUAACUUAAGAAAAGAUUCCAAAUUGUUCCAAAGUUUAACAGUUCUGUAAUAAUAAAACUGUACAAUAUGGACUGCUGUGACCAGGCACAUAAAAUGGUUUGGUUUCACUGCAUCUCAUGUUGUUAGAGUUAGAGUGACAUUCCAUUCUUGUGAUCUUGUCAGGUUUUUUAAUCGGUACAAAGAAUGGGAAUCCAUGGAAGCAGAAACACUUCAAUAUUCCCUUGAUGAAGAUCAGUGGGAACAAGAUUGGGCUUCCAUUCUCAGCCUAGCUGGUCAGCCAGGGACGUCACUAGAACAGACACAUGUGUUUGCCCUGGCACACAUUCUUCGCAGGCCUAUCAUCAUAUAUGGUGUCAAGUAUGUCAAGAGUUUCAGGGGAGAAGUCCUUGGUCUUGCAAGAUUCCAAGGUAGAGCAUGUGUAAGACAUGUAUUAGCUGUCAGUGUUAUCCUUUAUUCAAAGUUUUUUUUUCCUUUGUUUUGGGGUAUGGUAAUGCAUAAUUAGUAAGGAGUUUUUAAGGAAAACAAAGUUUGAACCAACAAUAAGAACCACAACAUAUACAUAUAUGGCAAGAAUUUAAAUUGAUUUAAUUCUUGUGCCAAUGCUGUUGCUGCAAAUUAGACCUCACUACAAUUUAUCAUGGGCAAAAGUCUUAAGACAGUUUUGCAUUUCUGGGGCGUUUCCCAAUUCACACACGUCCAACCCCUCCCCUCACCCCACAAACAAUGGUGGACACGUGUAUCCAGAAUUUUUUCAAGUUUCAAUUUUGUAUAGGGUGAGGGAAGGGAGAACUGCAAGAAAAUUUUGAAAAGGAUCUACUGUCUUAUAAGGGAAUCCAGAAAUUACUUAAAGUUAUUAAUACUGCAUUACUGUCCCAGAGACUCAAUGAUUGUAGCUGUAUUAAAAUGCAUAAUUUGUAUAGCCCUCUAGUAAGUAUUUGUGAGACACAAUGUAAACUAGUGGUUUUACCAGUAAUUUGUGUUAACUCGUGAAUGUUUAAUUUUACUUUUUAGUCAUUUAUUCAUUGAAGUCUGUCUUUAUAAUUAUGCUUUAAUGGUAUUAAAGAAAUUUCCCAAUCAUUACAAUACAAGUUGCAAAGUUACUUUUUUUAUUCACUUUGACUUGCCUGCCAUGUACAUGAUAUGAGUUUAACUUUCCAGUAUUCUUGUUAAAGCUGGCUAUGUAAGAGGGUUGCACCUGUGAAAGUCAUCAGUUCUUUUCUUCCACUUACCCAAACCACUUUUUGUUUCAGGAGUAUAUCUUCCUGUUUUGUGGGAGCAGACUUUCUGCUGGAAGAAUCCAUUAGUUUUGGGCUACACAAGAGGACAUUUUUCUGCUUUAGUUGCUAUGGAAACUGACAAUUCAAAUGAGCUAGGUGCAGGAGCCAAUGUAGACAGUGUGGACAAUUUUCAUGUGACAUAUUUGCCACUGGUUGACUUUGAAGGCAAACUGCUGCCUAUUCAUUUUCUGUCAGCAGAGGAGGUGAGGAAGUUUUUCACAAGGCUCUACUGCACAAAAUCCAACAACCUACAAAUCAAACCACCCAUCCUAUAACCCUUAAAAUUCCUUCAACUGGUUGUGACUGUCAACAGAAGAUGUAAAGACACAGAAACCAGUCGUUUCAGUACAAAGUCAUUUUGAUUCAACUCAAGCUUCAAAAGUGUACAGCAAAAAUUUUGAUCGCUUUAAGAUGGUGUGUGUGAACAAGAAAUACAUUUUGGGUGAAUAGUCUUUGUUCUUUAAGCCAAGUUUGUGAAACUAUUUACAACUCGACUGAAUCAACAGUUUGUAUUUUGAAACGAGUUGUAUUGAAACAACCAGCAACUAAAGACCCAUGGUUUUAGGUUAAAUCAGAAACUAUUAAGGGGUUAAAAUCAACCCAGGUUAGACAGAAUAGCAUAGACAUUCUCUUGAAAAAUGAAGGUAAACUUGCUUAUGUGCAAAAUGGCUUUUGAACAAGAGACAAGUGUGUAUUAUCUUUCUCCAGAGAUCAUGCUGUCAACCCUGAAAAUGUCCACUCAAUGUUUUCAAGUUUUGGUUCUCUUUUUUCCUACCUGCCCUCAGCCAGAAAUUUUUUGCCUUUUUAAACCUAUGUGUUUUCCUACAAGCACGUCCAGGUCACUGGUGUUGCAUUUCUUUAAUUUAUACAAACAGUUCUUCAUGAUAUGAAUUUGGGCAAUUACAUUCUGCAGUCAUGCAGUGGCGUUAAAGAAAUGUACCAAAGCGUGUGAUGCACUUGCAUUGUCAUUGAUUUGCUAAUUUGACACAUUGCUUUUUUGAAAUUCCUGUUGUCGUCGCGGUUGUGACAUUUUAAACUCCCUAAUGUUUUGCACGGACAGGCCAUUUCCAUGUUGCACAACCUCUCACUUAACCACCAGUGCAAAGGUGUGCUGUAUUGUGCUUUGUUGUUAUUAUUUAUGUUGUUGUUCUUAAAGAGCUUAAAUUUGUAAUAGUGAAUGUAUGAAAUUCCAUAUAUUUAAACUGGUGCUAAAAGCAGUUACAAAAAAAGAGUUAUGGGUUCAAACCCUUUUCAAGUGUGGACAUUUGUAGGCUUUCUUUUCGCAACUGCUUAAUUUGCAUUCAUACGGCUGCAGUGAUAUUUUCACACUGUAGAAAAAUUAUUCCUAUUAUGAUUUUUAAACUUGACUUGUUUUGCUGUUAACUUUUUAGAGAGGCAAUGAAGAGCGCCUACUGCAUGAGUGGCUAGACUGUUGUGUAACAGAGGGUGGGGUCCUUGUUGCGCAGCAGAAAGUGACUUCCAGACCAGCAUUACUCAAUCAACUGAUUGAUGAUUGGUUGGAUCGCUACAGGAAGCUAAGCAAAGCAAAGUGAAGUCCAAUUGGUUAGGCAGAAUGCGUUUGCUGUUCCUAGAGUUUAAAGAAUUUAAAAUAUAACAUGCUAGCAUAUGGAACUUAUUUAUUAUGUAUUAUGUACUAGGCUGCAAAUACCCAUCUGGUAACUUUUGUUGUAGAAGAGACACAUGUCCAAUGAAGUAACCAUUUGAGUCAGACGUACCAGAAAAAGUUGUUUGGCAUUCUUUAUGUUGACUUUUUAUCUUGUAAGUAUAGUACUACAUAUACGUAAAUCUUUUGCCUCAAAAUAAUACUCUUUUGUAUUUGAUCUGAACGGUCAUCAUGUCCAACUCGAUGUAGAAUUUUGUCAAAUAGUGGGCCACUUUUAGUAGGACAGUGUCUGAUGAGUGAUUAUCAUUUGCAGCUCUGGAUGUAUUUACUCCUGUAAACAGACAAAUGCAGACAGGGGAGAAGAUUCCAACCUUCUCUCUGGUCCUGGUUGUUCAAAAAUAGAUAGCACUAUCCACCAGUUAAAUCUCUAUCAAGUAAUCAAGUAUUAAGGAAACCAAUUACACUAUUCAUUGGAUAGAAAACAAUAUGCUACAUUUACAAAUUUAAAGUGAACAAAAUUAAUGCGUGUGCAUGCAUCUAUAGAGAAAGUAUCAGAUUGAUGUGUCGACCUGUUGAUUAAGGUCCCAUCACUGGAUAGAGAUUAAUCCGGUGGACAGCAUUUUCCACCAUUGGAACAACUGGCCCUGCACAGUUACAUCAUACAAAGUGACCUUUUGGCCCUUCAAAUCAGCAUAUAAAAUAUUCUGCUCACUGUUCAUGAGAAGUUGUUUCACAAUCAAGACCCCUUCUUACUUGCUGAACAUUUCCUAUAUUCUCAUUAACCUUUAUGUCUGAGAGAAAUGAGAAGCUGGUCACUUUGUAGGGCUGUCAUUAAAAUUUCACGUUGCCAGGGUAAUGAUACAAGUAGGCGCGGAAUCCAACAGCUAGGGAUUUUGUUGGGUUCUAUUUUUCUUCUAUUUUCCUACAGAAGUAGGCAGGGUCAUGUUCAUAACAGGCAGGAAAAAUCCCUGGCCACCGGUCCUUAAUAACAGCUCUGCUCUGUGGGGUUAGAGGGUGAAAUUUACUCUAUUGAAUUGUAGCUGCUUUAUAAGAUAGUGGUGACAUUCUGGGUUUUGUUCACUCAGACACUCAUAUAUGUAGGACCACACUAAAAGUUGCAGAGCUUAUUCCGUAACCAAAUGACCCGUUAUGGUGAGCUCUAAACAGUUGACUUACUGAGGGUCUAGAACAGAACUGUUGACAAAUCAUUGUCUAGUCUGUUGGUUUUCUUUUUGUGGCUGAUUUUUUAUUUUAUCUUUAGUGUGCAUAAAACUGAAAACAGUCUUGAGCUUCAUCACAAUUUUGAGGCAUGAAAAUAGAAGAUGUGUAGUAUGAAAGGAGUUUUUCCAAUGCUGUUUCUGUUUUCUUUUUUUAAAAAUCAAAGAAACCUAAAACGUUGAUCUGGUUCAUUGGUUUGAAGGAGUUUUUAAAACUAUCUUAUAGAACCGGUACUGUUAACGACAAAGUCCAUGAGUUUAAAUGCCAGAGUGAUAGUGGAUUUCAGGUUGCGUUAAAGUUUUCCAGGCUCCCCACCAAAAGUUACAAACUGCAAUUUUUUUUCUGUUAAUUAAUUUAAGAUAUUACUUUCCUCUCCGAAAAUUCACAAUAAGUUUUGCAUGGUGAACCGCAUUUUAUUUUAGCUCUGAUAUGGCAAACAUGGCCAAAUGCUCUAUCCUGUGAUCUAGCUCUCCGGGGAGAUCUGGCCCCACUCUUCCUUCCCGGUCACACCUGCGAGCCGCGGGAGAGCUUGUUUGCAGGCCAAAAUGCUUGAGACGAACUGAGUGAACAUGUGUAGGUUGUGUGAUAUAUAGAAAGCCUGGUCGUUGCAUGCAUUCAGAAUUAGCUCCCUAUACUGCAGUGCUGAUUGUUAUAGUAAACCUUAUGCUGAGUAAUUACCGGGCUUAGAGGCAAACCAACUAAUAGUGUGAAAUGUCAGCCGUUAAUGGGGGGUGGGGGCGAAGAAAAGGCUGACGCUUCAGACUAACCAACACUGGAAAGUUCAUCAUUAUAGUCAUUUUAUUUGGAGUGUGGUUUGUAUCUGUAAUCUGUAUCUUAUUUUUGGCACAUUGCUUUAACGUAUCAGUUUGUUCAAUUUGUACAGUUUAAUGCGCCAGUUAGGAAAUUUAAAAAAUCAUUACAUACAAUGUAAAACCAUUAUUGCCAGUUAGGUUUAUGCUUAUACAAAUGUAUUAUCAUUUUUCUAUGGUAGUAAAGCAGUUAUGGGAUUCCCAUAACAAAUACAAGUAGAGUGUCCAGUUGUUGUGUUUUAGGGGCAUAUCCUGGCCAUUCUUGAAACAGACUAACUUUUUGCACAAACAGUCAUUAUCUGUAUACGUAAGGGCUAGACAAUGGCCGAAUUGAUGCAAGAGACGGAUAAUCCGCCUUUGUUUCAGACGUUAUCUAUCCAAAGGCUAGUUAGUAAAAUUUAGCCUUCGUUUCAGACUAAUCUAACCCAAGGUUUGGUUUCG